AUGUUUGUUAUAAUUAAAAUAGAACAACAACGCCAACAAGCACGACAACACAAAUGCUUACGUAUUAUUCAAGUUGGCAAGCUCAGCGCAUUACUGAUGAUUGUGUUGUUAAGCUUGAUAAUGACUGGAGCGCCUGAUAUAUCCGGGUUAGGCAUACUAAUUGCUGGUGCCGUCGUCCUCGCUGAUGUGAAUGAAUUCAAUCAUUUUGUGGAGGGAAAAGUGACAGCACCACCAAUUGUGUUAAUUGUAACGGGUCUAAUAAUAUUUCUGAUUGCUUCACUUGGUUGUUUUGGAGCAAUAAAGGAAUCACCAACUUUGCUUUUAACAUACGCAGUAUUGCUUGCCGUCAUAUUUAUAAUAGAAUUAGCAGUUGGUAUAGCAGCUGCAGUAUUCAAAAAGGAUUUGGAAAUGGUUUUAACAAAUUCUCUACAAGAUUCCAUUAAACGUUCGAACAAGGAAGACACCAUGGCUUGGGAUAAUAUACAACAGAAACUUAUGUGCUGUGGUGUUGAUAACCCAGCUGACUGGCGUUCUUCAAGCCCAAACAAGACUUUACCGGCCAGUUGUUGUCGCCCACAAUACAUUGAAGAAGCUUCUAAGCAUUGCAAUGAUUCACCAGCUUUAGGUAGAGACAAAUAUUAUCAGGAGGGCUGUGUUGGAAAAUUAAAAGAACGCAUUGACAAGAAUGCCGUCAUUUUGAUAGGUGUGGGCAUUGGUAUCGCUUUCAUUCAAAUUCUUGGCAUUAUAUUGGCGUGUUACUUGGCUUCCACCAUUCGACAAGAACGUUUGAAGUAAAUUGGAUAUCAUACAUAAGGAGCUAAAUUACAUACAUAAGCUAUCCAAAUAUGUUCCCAAAAACGAAGCUAAAGAUUCUUCAUAUUUGAUAAUAUAUUCUUCAC